AUUAAAAUGUUUAAUUUUGUGUUUGUACUUGCCAUUCAACUCAACUGCACAUAUUAAAAGUUCAGAUAACUGCACAAUAACAAUUAUAGUGAAAAAAAAAAGGUGCGACUUUUAUUUUGACAUGCUUUUUAAAGGAUUAUUGUUGCAAGUAUCAUAACACUGACUUGAUAACACGGAAGUUGUACACGAAGCAAGUUCAUUCAACGCUUAUGUAGCAGUAGGCUAUAUGCAAGCAAAUAUCAAUGAAACACGCAAGAUGUUUGUUAACUCCCUGAGAGUUUUGUGUCGUGUUGUUUUACCUCUCUUUUCACACAAAAACCUGUCAACAAAUGUACUUGUUUGUCAAACAGCUGCACUGAAAAGGCAUUUAACUGGAUAUACGCAGAGGUGCAGAAUCCACGUCUACAGCGCAAAUUUCAGCUUCAGGAAACUGGUUAGAAACGGCGAGGAGAAGACAUCUGUGAUUUGGAUUGAGGGAAAUAUUGCAAGCGGAAAGACAACAUGUCUGGAGUAUUUCAGCAAAACCAGUGACACUGAGGUGCUGACAGAGCCUGUGUCAAAAUGGAGAAAUGUGAAGGGAUGCAAUCCAUUGGGUUUGAUGUACCAGGACCCAACCAGAUGGGGGCUCACCCUUCAGACAUAUAUCCAACUGACAAUGCUGGAUCGACAUGUAACACCAAUGUCAGCACCUGUCAGAAUGUUGGAAAGGUCUAUCUACAGUGCAAAGUACAUUUUUGUGGAAAACCUUUAUAAAAGUGGAAAAAUGCCUGAGGUGGACUUUGCUGUUUUAAGUGAAUGGUUUGAGUGGAUCAUAAAGAACAUAACAAUUCCUGUUGACCUUAUUGUUUACCUACAGACCUCUCCACAGGUGUGCUAUGAAAGACUAAAGCAGAGGUGCAGAGAGGAGGAGAAAGUUAUACCUUUAGAAUACCUAGAAUCAAUCCAUAGCCUCUACGAGGACUGGCUGAUUCAUCAGAAGUCCUUUGAAGUACCUGCUCCAGUUCUUGUAAUCCCAGCGGAUCAUGAUCUUAAGAAGAUGCUGCAUCAAUAUGAGGAGAACCGAGAGAAGAUACUAAUGGCACAUUGCUCUUGAGCAACUUAGAAGAUCUGAGAGAUGGAGGCCAUGUUAAUUCAACCAAUAUGUUUUCAGC